GUCAAUUCUGGUUUUUCUUGUUGUGAUUUGAGGUUGAUUUGAGGCUGUCGCCCAUCUGUUAAAUAGACCUCGACUUGUAUUUAUUGAAGCUCCUAUUAUAAGAAUCCUUGAUCACGAAAUGACGCAACGGAAUCUCCGAAUCGGAGUAGAUGUUGGCGGGUACGAUCUUUUUGUCUCUUGUAAACUUUCUAAACUAACCAGAAAUAUAGAACUAACACGGAUGGAGUUAUUCUUGAUCCAACUCGCUCAUCGGAGCCAGGACGGGGUAUUAUCGCCUGGCACAAAGUCGCAACCACCACCAAUCCAAGUGAGGGCAUCAACAAUGCAAUCACAGCUAUGUUUAAGGAAUCCAAAAUCCAGCCUGAUGAUGUUGCAAGUGUCACCAUUGGCACGACUCAUUUCAUCAAUGCAGUGGUAGAGAUGGAUCGGGCAAGACUUGCCAAAGUCGCCAUCAUGCGCUUGUGUGGUCCUUUUUCAAGAGGUGUCCCGCCGUGUGUGGACUGGCCUCCUCAGCUGCAAAGGUUGAUGAUGGCAUAUCAGUGUUUUGUUGUUGGAGGUCUGGAAGUAGAUGGGAGUCUGAUUUCUGAUAUUGAUGAGGAUCAGAUUCGGAAGGAGGCGGAGAUUAUAAAAGAGAAGGGCAUCAAGAGUAUUGUUGUGAAUGGGAUCUUCAGUCCGGUGGAUGUGGUGUAUCGGCAAGAAGAGCGGGCAGCUGAGAUUAUCGAACAAGUUCAUCCGGAUGCCGAUAUUGUCAUUUCGAAAGAUUUUGCGAAUCUGGGAUUCUUGGAGAGAGAAAAUGCUGCCAUUUUGAAUGCUUCGAUUCUGUCAUUUGCACGCAAAACGAUUGCGGAAUUUACGCUCGCGAUAUCACAACUCCAUCUCAAAUGUCCUGUGUUCAUCACACAGAAUGACGGAACCAUUUUAUUGGCUUCUCAAGCUUCGAAACUUCCGAUCAGGACAUUCUCAAGUGGACCGACGAAUAGUAUGAGAGGUGCUGCGUUUCUUACUCAGAAUGAAAUUAAAGAAGCUAUGAUGGUUGUUGAUGUUGGGGGAACCACGACUGAUGUUGGACUGCUGCUUGCUAAUGGUUUCCCUCGUCAAGCUGCGGCUUUUAGCGAGGUUUCGGGGGUCAGAACGAAUUUCUCAUAUCCUGAUGUGAGGAGUAUUGGACUUGGUGGUGGUUCAAUCGUCAGAAAACAUGCGGAUGGGUCGAUGACAAUUGGGCCCGAUAGUACGUGGUUUCUUCCCUAGACGAAUCUUCUCCAUGCUAACAUAUUAAAAGGUCUUGGAUACCAACUUCCACAAAGGGCCAUUGUUUUUGGAGGCAAUACAACAACAGCAACAGAUUAUACAGUUCUCGCAGAUCCAAGUUCCGGAAUCGGCGAUCGUUCACUCGUCCUGAAAGCAGGGCUAGAUGAAGACCUGGCCAGGUUCAAAUCGCUGAUCAAGAAAAUGCUAGAAAGAGCGAUUGAUACAAUGAAGACUUCUGCGGACAAUACUCCAGUUCUUCUUGUCGGCGGGGGAGCAGUCUUUGACGAACUUAUUGGGGCAAGCAAAGUCGUGAAGCCUCAGUGGUCUGGCGUUGCCAACGCCAUCGGUGCCGCCACUGCACGAGUGAGUGGCGUGGUUGAUACGAUAGAGAGCACAGAAAGGAAAACUACAUCUGAAGUCAUGGGAGAAAUCUCUAAAAGGGCCAUCCAAAAGGCAGUUGACAAUGGUGCUAGUGAAGACACGGUGCAAGUUGUUGAAAUGGAUCAUUUACCUCUCCAAUUAAGUUUGCCUCUGUGCCAGUCAUAG